AGCAUGCCGAAACAGAUCACUAUAAAAAGCCUACAAGGCAGAGGAAAAAGCAUCACUUACCACAAUGAAAUCGAUCUUGUUUGUCGUAUUCCUUGUAGCGUCCGCCUCAGCGGUACCACCUUACCUUCGCACGAAGAACAGCCUUCUUCCUGAUGGCAGAAUCAUAGGAGGUUCCGCUAUUUCCAUCAGCUCAGUACCAUGGCAAGUUUCCCUUCAAUACUACAGCUCCCACAUUUGUGGUGGUUCUAUCAUUUCUGCUAACUGGGUUGUUACCGCUGCUCACUGCACUGAUGGAUCUUCUGCCAGCCAGCUGUCCAUCCGUGCCGGUACAUCGACUCGCGGAUCCGGCGGUCAAGUCGUUAACGUCGCUAGAAUUUACCAAAACCCCAGCUACAACGACAGACUGAUCGAUUACGAUAUUUCUGUUUUGCAACUGUCUUCCGCUUUGACUCUGAACAGCAACGUCGCCGCAGUCGGCCUUCCAUCAGCUAGCACAAGCUGGUCCGCUGGUACUUCGUCUCUCGUAACUGGUUGGGGUACCACUUCUGAAGGAUCUAGCUCUCUCCCUAGCGCUUUGCAAGGAGUCACCGUACAAAUCGUCAGCCAAUCGUCUUGCAGCUCUGCUUACGGUUCUGGCAGCAUCACCGAUCGUAUGUUGUGCGCUGGUGUCACCGGUGGUGGCAAAGACGCCUGCCAAGGAGACUCUGGUGGCCCAUUGGUUGUUGGUAGCACUCUUGCUGGAAUUGUCUCAUGGGGAUACGGAUGUGCCAGACCUAACUACCCUGGUGUAUACUCUAACGUACCUGCUCUUCGCAGCUACAUCCAACAAACUGCUGGAAUAUAAAAAGAGAUUAGUUGCUUGGGAUUUAUCGGAAUUGUGACAGUAUUGUAAUUAAAUAAAUCGUUAAUAUAAAAA